ACAAUUUGGUUUUGCAGUUGUGCAGCUUAAUUUUUAUAUAUAUAUAUGAUGAAUAAGAAAUUACAGCCUAUGUUUGGAGUUUAUUUCUGCAGAAAAUGAGGGCUGCCGCCGGCGGCGCUGCAGAUCCUCCAUCAUCAUCAACAUCAUCAGGGGACAAUAGCGCAGGGAGGAGGAGGAGGAGGCAGCACCGGGCUCCCUCACCGGCUACAGCCCAGGAAGGGAAGCGAGCUCCAAGACACCGAGGCAGGUCCAGAUCCCCUCUUGCCGCAGGAAGGAGCAUAAACAGCGGGGCGAGUCUGAGAGCUGCAGACGGCAGGGAGAGGGAGCCCGAGAGCCGCGGCGGAGCAGCUGUUCACCCGGAUGGUGCUGAAGCUGGUGUAGUCAGACCAAACAGGGCGGAUGCUGUCGGGGAAGAUCCGACAGAUUCAUCAGCAUCGGCCCGUCGCUCCGCUUUGCGCCUGCCCUGCCUUAAAGGCGACUCCUCCCAGCGUUUGUUGACCGGCGGAUCCUCAUCGGAGAAAGGCAGGAGACCCGGGGAGGAGGCCGGCCGCACGGAGAGAAGGAGCGGCGAGUCUGCGGGCUGCGGCCUCGGUUUGGGUUUGUGGAGAGGAGGAUGCUUACAGGCUGAACUCAUCCACUUCCACCUCCACAAGAGACUGAGGAGAAGCGGGGCGAAGAUGCAAAGCAAGAAGGGGAUCAUGGAGACGGAGGAGGCCGCGGUGGGAGAGCUGGAGCCGGCUGCAGAAGCCACAGAGGCGGGGUCCGUGACACAGCAGGACCAGGCCUUGGAAGAGGAGAUGGAGAGACUGUUGGAGGAAAAUGAAGAUUUGAAGUGUGAAAUUGAGGAGAUGAGGACCGAGAUGGAUGAGAUGAGGGACACAUUCUACGAAGAAGACACGUGUCAGCUGCAGGAGAUGAGGCGUGAGCUGGAGAGGGCCAAUAAAAACUGCCGGAUCCUGCAGUACCGUCUGAGGAAGGCCGAGAGGAAGAGGCUGCGCUACGCCCAGACGGGAGAGAUCGAUGAGGAGCUGCUCAGGAGUCUGGAGCAGGACCUGAAGGUAGCGAAGGAUGUGUCUGUGAGGCUGCACCACGAGCUGGAAAAGGUUGAGGAGAAGCGCACAAAGACAGAAGAGGAAAAUGAAAAACUGAGACAGAAACUAAUCGAGGUGGAAGUGACCAAACAAGCUCUGCAGAAUGAACUAGACAAAACCAAAGAGUCUCAAAAGAGAAGAGGAAGCAAGGACAUCCAGAAGACUGGAAAAUCAGCACAGACUCCAACAGAGGAGGACAAUGAGGACCUUAAGUGCCAGCUAGCUUUCAUCAAGGAGGAAGCGGUGCUCAUGAGAAAGAAGACGGCCAAGAUUGACAAAGAGAAGGACCGUCUGGAGCAAGAGCUGCAGAAGUACCGCUCAUUCUAUGGGGAACUGGACAGCACCCAUCCCAAAGGAGAAGCUGGGGGUCCGCCCACCACCCGCGAAUCAGAGCUGAAGCUGCGGCUUCGCCUGGUGGAGGAGGAGGCCAACAUCCUCGGGAGGAAAAUAGUGGAGUUAGAGGUUGAGAACCGUGGCCUGAGAGCCGAGCUCGACGACCUCCGUGGUGAAGGAGAGGGCGCUGGGAGCUCUGGGUGUGGAGCAAUGGGUGGACCGGGUUCCGGGCGAGGCCUUGGUGAUGACCUGACGGAGCUCCGACAGCAGCUGCAGCUGGUGGAGGAUGAGGCGGAGCUGCUGAGGAGGAACCUGGCUGAUGCUGAAGACCAAAACAAAAGAGUGACCGCCGAGCUGAACAAGUUACGGUUCAAAGCCGGCACCCACGAGGGAGGCGCCAGGCAUGGGGGAGGAGCGGGAGGAGCUGCAGGAGGUGGAGCGAUUGAUGGAGCGAAGGCAGAAGUCCUGCAGGAGGAGUUGAAGGCGGCAAGGCUUCAGAUCAAUGACCUAAGUGGCAAGGUGAUGCAGCUGCAGUACGAAAACCGCGUGCUCCUCUCCAACAUGCAGCGCUACGACCUGGCCUCCCACCUCUCCCUGCGUCCCAGCCCGCGGGACAGCGACGCAGAGAGCGAUGCCGGCGGUGUGACGAGCGGUCGCCGCGAGAGUGACGAAGACUCUAACUCCUCCCGCCUCCUCCCACCACACCGCAAACGUGAGGGCCCUGUAGGCGGGGAAAGUGACUCCGAUGAGGUCAGAAACAACAACGGAAGUAGCCGUUGCCUGACACCCACACGCGGCCUCUACACACCCACGGGGCCAGAGGGCGCCGCCUCCUCCGCCUUGGCCCGCUUCCUGCCCGGUGGCCGGUGCAGCCUGCGUGAAAGGCAGCAAAUGACUGACAUCCGUUUGGAAGCGGAGAGGCUUGUCCGGACCAUCGACCGCCUCAUUGCUGACACGGCCACCAUCAUCUCAGAGGCGAGGGUGUACGUGUCAAACGGUGACCUGAUGUUCGGGAGAGGAGGAGAGGAGGGUGGAGAGGAGGAUGGGAGCAGGAUCAGGGAGCAUGAGCUGCUGUAUCGCAUCAACGCUCAGAUGAAGGCCUUCAGGAAAGAGCUGCAGACCUUCAUCGACAGACUGGAUGUGCCGAGGCCCGAGGACAGGGAGGCAGAGGAGCCGCUGUCGAUGUUCCAGCCGAUCAUUUUGCUCAUCCUCAUACUUGUGUUAUUCUCCUCCCUCUCUUACGCCACCAUCUUUAAACUAGUCUUUCUUUUUACGCUCUUCUUUGUUCUGUGAUGUACGCCUCCCUUAAUUCACACAUCGUCCCUCGUUUGUUUUUGCUCUGUCGUUUUUCAUUCCUCCCCGCAUCAUUUGUUGCCAAGGUAACCAAAAAAAAAGCACAGGAAAAGCUCAGCACUUGCCGAUGCUGCAGUCACAUUCAGAAGAGUGUGACUUGAUUCAACACUGGAGUUGACAUUAUCCACAACACAUCACUGUCCACAUCAGACCCUGGAGAAGAACGACUCUUCAUGUACCGUCCUGCUGUUGUUGCAUGAAGCAUCUGGGAGCAUCAGCAGCAGAUGCAGAAGAAUAAGUAGAGUGAAAUAUGAAGACGAGAAAGUCCGCUGACAAAGCGACGAUAUGUGAUGACUUGGGACGAGAACAUGUUGAAAUAAGUAUUUGCAGGCCAUCGAUCCCUCCAUCUCGACACUGACCUCUGACAGGAAACAGGAGAAAGGGGAAAUUGCCAUUUAAAGCGGCCUCUGGGUAUCGAGC